AUGCAGUACACCCCGUUCGCGUCAGAUAUCGAAUUACCAUUCUACACGUCUCUAGCCUCCCACAAGAUCAACCAUGACAAGCUAGACGACUCCGCCCGAGCGGUGUUGGGUCUAUAUGAGAUCCGUCCGUCUGACCCCGAGGCUGCAUCGUGCCGAAUCCAGAUCCAUGGAAAUGCUCUCAGUUGCAGCGAUGCACCAGCCAGCUACUAUAGGGCGGAAGGAAUGAUCAAAAAUGUCAAUACCGUCGAAGAAUACCGCAAUGCAGACAGGGCCAAGAUGUUGUGCCAAGUCGGACAGAUGGUCUGGGAUGCUAUUCAUGAUGGGACGAUAUUUUCAUGUCCCUCCUUGUUAUCCAGUUUCCUAAUCGUGUCUUUUGCCGACCUGAAGAAGUAUAAGUUCCACUACUGGUUUGCCUUCCCAGCGAUACACUCAGAUCCUACGUGGUCACUCGUCCAAAACCCACAGACAUCUGUGUCAGACCAAGCUCGGCAUAUUGACAACGCAAAGGGGACACGCCUGUCUCCAGAGGAAAGCACUUCCCUCGUGGACGCCGUUCAAACGUGGUCCUACACCGUCGAUCAUCGACAGCGAGGUUUCUUUUUGGCCCGCAGGGUAAUAAGUCGUGGCAGUGUGUCAGUCAGCCCUACCGAAAGAAGAAAAUCAGAAACCGGAACACCGGCGACCACCUGGCAAAUAGCAGCGUUAUCCGAAUACGAGAAUGGGUUCUUCCAGAAUGUACCUGCAGGAAACCGUUUCAUCUGCUUUGCAGACCCGUCGAACUAUGAGCACGCCCCAGGGUGGAUGCUGCGGAACCUGCUAGUAUUGAUCAAACAGCGAUGGGGUCUCGGGCGAGUGCAAAUUUUACGCUAUCGUGAUGUGCAUGCGAAGCGGGAUCAAGGCCGCAGCUCAGUCAUCCAGUUGGAAUCACUAUCACAAGAACCUCGGUCCCCGAAAUCACCCUCGAGCCACGGGGCGCUGCCUAAAGGACCGCUGCCAAAGGUUACCGGCUGGGAGCGCAACCCGGCAGGGAAACUUUCGGGGAGAAUGGUAAACUUGACGGAAUACAUGGAUCCCAGAAGAUUGGCGGAUCAGUCAGUUGACCUCAAUCUUAAACUGAUCAAAUGGCGUAUCAGUCCAAACCUGAACCUCGACAAAAUCAAGAAUACCAAGUGCCUUCUACUAGGAGCCGGAACACUGGGAAGCUACGUCUCUCGGAACCUAUUGGGUUGGGGAGUGAAGAAGAUUACUUUUGUGGACAACGGCACUGUGUCCUUCUCAAACCCUGUUCGGCAGCCACUGUUUAAUUUUGAAGACUGCCUGAAUGGCGGGGCUCAGAAAGCAACUCGGGCAUCUGAAGCCCUGACACAAAUUUAUCCAGGGGUAGAGACAGCGGGCCAUGCGUUCUCCGUGCCGAUGGCGGGUCAUCCCAUUGUGGAUGAAGCAGCAUCAAGAAAAGAGUUCGAUACAUUGAAAACCUUGAUCGAUGAACACGACGCCAUAUUCCUUCUCAUGGACACUCGUGAAUCAAGAUGGCUACCCACCGUUAUGGGGAAAGCAGCUGGGAAGAUUGUGAUGAACGCAGCCUUAGGAUUUGAUUCAUUUGUGGUUAUGCGCCACGGCGUCAACGAGGGUGAACAACCGGCUAAGCUUGGAUGCUAUUUCUGCAACGAUGUUGUAGCACCGGCCAAUUCUAUCAAGGACCAAACCCUCGAUCAACAGUGUACAGUGACGCGCCCAGGCGUGGCGCCUAUAGCCUCAGCACUCUUGGUUGAGCUUCUUGUCUCGCUUCUUCAACACCCACAAGAAGCCGCAGCACCAGCCCCGGUAGCCCGGAGCGUCGAGCGUGAUGAUCAUCCCUUGGGCGUUGUGCCUCACCAAAUCCGCGGUUUCCUCUCCACGUUCGAAAAUCUGUCUGUCACAGGUCAGAGUUACCAAAGCUGCAGCGCAUGCUCGGAGAAAAUAGUCGGUGCCUAUCGCGAUAAAGGCUGGGACUUCGUCCGGAAAGCCCUCAAUGAAAAGGGUUAUGUUGAAGAAUUGAGUGGUCUGAGAGAGGUCCACGAGAAAGCAGAGGCUGCCCUUGCAGAUAUUGAAUGGGACGAGGGAUCUGACAAUGAGGAGAUCGAGGUUCUCUAA